CCAUGGUCUCUCUUAGCGUUGUCUUUGCUUUAGUGCUUUUGAACUGCAGUCAGCUGAUAUCUGCAGGCACUGUAGUUACCUGUAUAGAUUCUGAACUUCAUCUCCGCUGCGAUGUUGGUGUGAUCUUUGUGAAGUCCGUAACACUAGGAGUACAAAGCACUCGUAAUUGUGGACCUGCAAAACCACAAAAUGGAAUUAGAUGUUUUGCAAUUCCAGUUCCAGCUGUUGCUAGAUGGUGUAACGGACUGGCAGAGUGUGUAGUAGAUGAACACAAAGUUAUAGGAGAUGAUCCAUGUUUUAACCCCUACACAUACUACAUCACCACCUACACUUGCGUCCCAGGAAAAACAAGUGUGACUUGUGAAGGCAAAAAGAGUGAUUUGAAGUGUGUACGUGGAAAGAUUAAGAUAAUUGCUGCAAACUAUGGACGUACAGAUGAUUUCACCUGCUUGGAAAGACGUCCUAUGAAGCAGCACAUAAAUACAAACUGCUUCUCACCCAACUCCCUGGAUCUUGUGCAACAAAGUUGUGAAGGGAAAAGUCAAUGCACUGUAUCAGCCUCCAAUGAUGUGUUCUCGGAUCCGUGUGUCGGCACACGCAAGUACCUGUGGAUCUCCUACUACUGUUCAUUAGUGCUAAUGAACUGUGGCCCGCUGAUGUCUGUGUCUAUGUCUGUUUCUGUGCGAGACAGCCAGGAGAAGACUGGAGACAGGUGUGGCACACAGAAUAGAAUCAUGGCUUUUCUUGGUGGAGUUGUUGCCUUUGUGCUACUGAACUGUGGCCUGCUAAUAUCUGUAUCGGUUUCUGAUUCUGUACAAGACACCCAGGAGUCAGAUUUUGAUAGCACUGUAAUAACAUGCAGGGAUUCUGACCUUCGUCUACGCUGUGGUGUUGGUGUGAUCUUCAUAAAGUCGGCACGAUUUGGUCGCCGACCCACCCGCAUUUGUGGCCCGGCAAGACCACGUAUUGAACUGGGUUCUGCUAAGUGUCUUUCAGAUAUUCCUCAUAUACCUAAAUGGUGUAAUGGACGGGCAGAGUGUGUGAUAAACUGGGAAAGAAUUGCAAGAUCAGAUCAUUGUUUUUAUACCCAUUACACCACCACCUACAUUUGUGUCCCAGCAGAGACCACUGUGAUUUGUGAAUUUGAGAGCGGGGCCUUAAAAUGUGAACAUGGUAGGAUUAAGAUACUUGCUGCGAACUACGGCCGUACGGAUGAUACCACCUGCUUGAGAAGACGUCCAUACAGGCGGCACCAAAACACAGAAUGCUAUUCGCACAAUUCAUUGGGUCUUGUGUCAGAAAGAUGUGAAGGGAAGAAGUACUGCUCCUUGUCUGCCUCCAAUGAUGUAUUCUCUGAUCCCUGUUUCGGCACACGCAAAUACCUGCAGGUCACCUACUCCUGUCCUGCAUAUGAAGGCUGAUUUUAUGGAUUAAGUCAUGCCAGCCUCCUCCUCCAGUGACUUGCACAAGAUCAUGCUUGAAUGCAUUGACUCUUGAUAAACUGUAGCAAAUAUGGUUAGUCUUAACUGACAACAGUUAUGGUUUUUCUUUGGGGGGAGGGGGGUUUAUAAACUGGCUGUACAAAUGUUCAUCUGUGACGCUGCUAUUAGACAACGGUUUAACAUCUGUAAGCAUUCAUAAUUUUGAAUGGU